AGGAGCAUCAUGAAGUGGAGGAAGGUGGACCUUGUCGGGGCGGGAUCGUCCGGAAGGGUGUACAAAGCUGUGGCUGAGUGAAGUUUGCCUCGCACUCGCACGCGAACUGUUUGAUGCAAUGCUUCGUUGUGUUCUCUUUCAUUGAGUCUGAGUGGACUGACAGUUUGAGUUACAUGUGUAAUGCUACUUUGUAUUGCCUUGCCAGGGAUGGCUCUGUAUUUGCUGUCAAAGAAGCGUCGUUGAUUGGCCCAGAAAGCUAUGCGAAGCAAAGCGCCGGUCAGCUAGAGCAGGAGAUCUUGCUUCUUAGUCAAUUGGAGCACAAGAACAUACUACAGUAUUUUGGUGCCAAAAAGGAAGAAACGGUGCUAUGUAUUUUCCUUGAAUAUGUAAGUGAAGGUUCUUUGGUAUCUGUAUAUGAGAAGCAGAAGCUUGAAGAAUCAACAAUAUCCUCUUAUACAAGGCAGAUCCUCCAUGGAUUGACUUAUUUGCAUCAUCAUAAUGUAAUGCAUAGAGAUAUUAAGUGUGCAAAUAUUUUGGUUGACCAAAAUGGGAUAGUGAAAGUUGGAGAUUUUGGACUGGCAAAGGAGAUAAAAGUCUGGAAGCAGAAAAGAUCCUGUACUGGAAGUGUAUAUUGGAUGGCUCCAGAGGUUGUUUGUGGCAAUCCGUAUGGGUAUUCUGCUGAUAUUUGGAGCCUUGGAUGCACUGUGCUGGAGAUGCUUACUAGAAGAAUUCCUUAUCCUGAUGAUAAUUGGGUUUCAGUCUUCUACCAAAUUGGUCGCGGUCAACUUCCUCCAGUUCCAGCCUCCAUAUCGCCAGUGGCGCGCGAUUUCAUCGACAAUUGCCUGGUGGUGAAUCCUGACGAUCGGCCCUCUGCAGAUGAACUUUUGAACCAUCCCUUUGUGGCUCUUCCAGAACCAAACUGGUGUGCUGAAUGCUGGCCUGGGCUGACAUUGUACUCUUCGAGAUUAGCUUUGACAUUGGUAGGCAAGAAUACUUUUGGGAAAUCCGGUCAUCCAGUUGCUCAUUGUUUCCUUCCUGGAAGUUCAGGGCCAGAAUGCUUGUCAAUUAGUUCAGGUUUCUGUCCUGUGAAUACUAGUAUUUAGGCCCUGUUUAU